AUGUUUGGGAAACAAGACAAAAUGGACGUUAGAUGCAGUUCAGAGACUGAAGCUAACCGGGUCUCGAAGAACGGACAUAAAGAGGGCAAGGAAAGCAAAGGGUCUGAAGGAAAUAUUUCUACUUCUUUUUUGAAGGAUCAGCAAGGGACUUUUUCUGCCUCUGCAGCUGCGGAAGAUUGUAAUAAAAGUAAAUCUAGUUCGGCUGAUCCGGACUAUUGCAGGAGGAUCCUAGUUAGAGGGCUAGAUGAAACGUGUGACAAAAUCAAGCAAGAACGAGAUGAGGCUGUCAAAAAACUGGAGGAGUUUCAGAAAAAGCAAGUUCUGUCUUGUCUGGGCUGUGAGAAUGUCAAUAUUCAGUUUUACACUUUUAUGGUAAUGAUUCUGUUGAAACUGUAUGGUGUCUGGAAGCAACAAAGCACAUCUAAUGGGAGUGGAAGUAUCCUAGUGGAAUAG